GAUGCAAGAGUGAGCUGAAAUUAACACACGUGGUUGCUGGAAUAAGACAUACUGUCAGUUACAGUAUAUAGCAUUCAAGGAAAAGGGAAUCGAGCCUAUUCAUUUAUUUUGUAUUUAUACACGCUUCGAUUGACUCGUUUGGUAAGAGAAAAUGCCAGUUAUAAGGGCUCUGACUAAAGCUGCCAAGCAGGCACUUCUAACCCCAGGAUGCAGGCAUCGGACCACAGCAAUUGCUGUCCGGACGAUCAGCAUCUCUCCACGCCAGGUCACAUCGGAUGCCAGUUUCCACUCCGUUUCCUUCUCUGAGACUGAUCAUCCCAAAGUUUUAAUCACAGGUGGUCUCGGGCAACUUGGGGUGGGGCUUGCUAAGAUUCUGAGAAAACGUUUUGGCAACAACAAUGUAAUUCUGUCAGACAUCAGGAAGCCACCUAGCCAUGUCUUCCACAGUGGACCUUUUAUCUACUCUGACAUCUUGGACUAUAAGAACCUGCGUGAGAUUGUGGUGAACAACCGCAUCACCUGGCUGGUUCACUACAGCGCCGUUUUGAGUGCUGUUGGAGAAGCGAAUGUACAGCUGGCCCGGGAAGUCAACAUCACUGGUUUACACAAUAUUCUGGAUAUUGCCGCUGAACACGGACUGCGUCUGUUCGUCCCCAGCACCAUUGGAGCAUUCGGCCCCACCUCCCCACGAGACCCCACUCCUGACCUGUGUGUACAGCGGCCGCGCACGAUCUAUGGUGUCUCCAAGGUGCACGCCGAGCUCAUGGGAGAGUACUACCACCACAGGUACGGCCUGGAUUUCCGUUGUUUGAGGUACCCUGGCAUCAUCUCUGCUGACUCCCAGCCAGGUGGCGGCACAACUGACUAUGCCGUGGCCAUCUUCCAUGAUGCCAGCAAGAAUGGGAAGUUUGAGUGCAACCUGAAGCCAGGCACACGCCUGCCCAUGAUGUACAUUGACGACUGCCUGCGAGCCACGCUGGAGGUGAUGGAGGCCCCGACGGAGCAGCUCAGCAUGCGCACCUACAACAUCAACGCCAUGAGCUUCUCGCCUGAGGAGCUGGCUGCUGAGCUCAAGAAGCAGAUACCAGACUUCCAGAUCACCUACAACAUCGACCACAUCAGACAGGCCAUUGCGGACAGCUGGCCGAUGAACUUUGAUGACAGCAAUGCGCGCAAUGACUGGGGCUGGAAACACGAUUACGACCUCCCUGAGCUGGUAACGACAAUGCUCAACUUCAUCGGCUCUGACUCCCGCCUUGCUCACACCAACUAAACCACCGUAAAGGCCACAAUGAAGGAUAGUGUACAUAGUGUAAAGACUUAUCUUAAAAAAAAGAAAUGAUAUAUAUAUAUAUAUAUAUAUAUAUAUAUAUAUAUAUAUAUAUAUAUAUAUAUAUAUAUAUAUAUAUAUAUAUAUAUAUAUAGGCCUUGCUGUGUAAAUAGUAUUUUCUUCAUUCAGCAAAGGCUUUUGUAGUUUUAGUACUUCUAAGAAUUGUAAAUUUGUGGGAUAGCUGUGCACCAGUGCAACUUGUUCUGUGUCUUAUCUAGCUCUUCAUACCUACAACGCACUAGUCCAAGUAAAGAAAUCUGUAGCUAUUGGGUUAUAUUUGCAUUGGGGAUAUGCAUAUGAUUCUAAUACCAAUAUGUAUAUUCUGGAUGGUAAAGUGGUAUCUGCCCCCUCUCCCAACAAGUUUCUCAGUUUACCUCAAGGCAGCGGUCUUUUUAUUAUUAUUAUUUAUUUUUUUUGUGCAUGUAAUAAGACCUGGCUUCAAGUGUUGGCCACUCCAGAAAAUGGUUUGUUUUCUAAUUGAUUUCUGGUACAUUUUAUUUUUCAUAUUUAUUCUGGCUUUGGGCAAAUCUAUUCUGAAAGCAGAGAAGGAAAACUUACAGGUCUAUUUUAUGAUUACAUCUCAAUUAUACACAUUUGCAACCACAUGAUUUCUCUGUACAUUUAUUUAUUUCUGUUUUGCUAUUUUAGUAUGAACAUGUCAUGGUGUUAGUGCUUUUGAUAUUGCUGUAUGCAGUUUGAAGCAAGCCUCAUAAGAAAAUGUAAACAGUCUUGCUUGCCAAUAUUAACUGGGUAUGCCUAUGACAUACACAAUAGUUUAUCAGUACAAUCCUAAAGAAUGUAUUAUGCAACCACAAAAUACGUACCAAAACUCUACAGUAAAUGCAGGGUGCAUAGUAGAGAGAAACAUGCGAAAUAACGCUUUCUCAGGGCUUAUCUAGUCUGAUGCCAAAUAAUUGUUGCAGAUAAUUUAUUUUUUUUGAGUUAACCAUUCUCUCUAAGAAAAGUAUAUUAAGCAGGUAGUUCCUCAGAUUACUUUUUUGAUCGCCCAGGAAAUUAUAGGAGAGGCAAUAGGCUAACU